UCGUUACUUCAAACACUGGAAUUCUUGCGAAUAACAAGCCACAAAUAUAUUAUUUCGAUGGUUUAUCUUGAAAACCGCGCCAUCUUCGAGAUACAGAGACGUCAGAGCCAUGGCAGACCUUCAAGAAAGAAGACUUAAAGAUGCACAGAUGCGGGCAUCCAUUAGCCAGAAACUGGUAGAGACUGGGGAGAGAGAGAGGUUAAAAGAAUUACUGCGAACAAGGCUCAUAGAAUGUGGAUGGAGAGAUCAGUUGAAAGCUUAUUGUAAAGAUGUGGUCAAACAGAAAGGUCUUGAGCAUAUCACUGUGGAUGACUUGGUUGCUGAAAUAACACCAAGGGGUAGAGCAAUGGUUCCAGAUAAUGUGAAGAAAGAGCUUCUGCAUAGAAUACGAACAUUCCUGGCACAGCAGUCUAAUAUGUGAAAAAACAUAUAAGAAACAUUAAAGACUCCUGAUCUGAUUGGGUGUGGAUGAAAAACUUGAAUGCUUUAUCUGAAAGCAAUGGAACAUUUAAAAUGUUUUAUUAAUGUGUAAUUAUCAGUAAGUACAGUAACUGCUUGAUCUUUUUAAAUGGGCGAAAAUGAUCAAACUUUUAGAUACAUUAUUUAGAAAUCAGGAAAUUUAUAUUUCUAUAUAGCAUUUGUGGUGAUUUUAAUACAUAGAAUAGACA